AUGGAGCCAUCUGGUAUUCGCAAGCUGAUGGCCAAAGGAUUCGAUAUAGCCAGCGGCAACAUGCAGGGCCCACGGGCAGCUGUUCUGGUGGCAUCACUGUCGAAUACGCAAGACGAGACGACUAGACGGGGAGAUACUGUCCAGAAUGGGGAGCUGAGCAAUGCCCCCUUGUGGAUGAAGGCCGUGCCGACGAAUGUCAUGAAGGCUUUGGCUCCCGAAUCUGACGCUCCAACAAUCACCGAUGCGAUUCUGAGGAUUACGCGGAAACGAUUCUCUAGCCUGAUUCUUAUGCCGUUGGAGCAGGUUGAUGUCAACAAGCCUCUGGCACAGUUUGGUGUCGACAGUAUGAUCGCUGCAGAUGUUCGCACCUGGCUCUGGAACAGCUUCAGAGUCGAUAUCCCAUUUCUCGACAUUCUGAACAGUCAGAAGACGCUGAGCGGUCUGGCUGAGCUGUUGGGGAUGAGGUUGAGCGGGACAUAA